AUGGCUUCCGGUGAUAGUUAUGCUAAUGUGCAAUUUCUUCAAGAUGGAUAUGUUUUGAGAACUACUGGUGUCAUCUUAGGAAUAGUCCAAAAAACCGGCUUGUCCUUCAGAAGAGAAUUGAACUCUAGAGAUAACAAUGGUAGGGGUCUGAAAGUUCUACAAGAAUGGUGGAGUAUCGUUGUCUCUAAGAGAAGACCCUCCCUACGAGAGCAUGGAGCAUUCUGUAGAACAAUCUCUUGUGGCAAUUGGACCUUCAACGAUCACACAGAAUACGCUAUUCGAAUGAAGGCCCUUGCAACAAUACUAUCGGAACAACUACCCAAGCUUAGUUUUCCAUUAUCCUCUAUCUCAACGAUUGAGGGAACUCUCGAUGAGAAGGAACACUUAGCACUUCUUAUCUCCGCUUGUUGGACAAUGAACAGACGCUGCUUCGUCGUUUCCGACACAGGAAUCAUUGGACUUGGACCAUGGAACUGCUCCAAAAAUGAUUUGAUCUGCAUUCUUCCAGGUGUAGAUUUCCUGUCAUAUUGA